ACGUACUUUUUAAUAGUUGAAACACAUUUAUCUCUAAAUUUUAAACGGUUUUAUUUAACAUUACACAACUUUUUUUAACCUAACAUCAUGUAUAUAGCACGUUAUAUAUUACUGCGCAUCACUGCGCAUGCGUGAGCAGAGAAAGAAAGAUACUCGGCACUUGCUUUCUGUCUCUUUCUACCUGAUCUUCAGUCUUCACAAGAGUACACGCGCAGUCUAUUCUUACUAUGUCUAUGGUUAUGUCCAAUCGUGCUAUGUCGAAUUGGGUGUCUCCCAUGUUGGUGCACGUGAAAGCAUAACUGAAGUGCUUAACCUGAUUUGAGUUUGUUUAUCUCGCCAAGUUCUGAAUUAGUGGUGUGAUAAAUAUACACUGAAUGGAUUCACUGUUAUUAUUGUAUAUACAUUACAAGAUGUUACGUUUAUCGUUGUUUUUAUCAUAAUUGCAAAACAUGCAACAAAUUUAAAUUUACAUGUGUACUUCUAUGAUUUAUCUCAUAAAAAAUGAUCGCGAAUGUGUUUAGUGUAAUUUUAUCAGCCUGUAGUUUUUUAUAUACUUGUUAUAUUUUGUGCUGUUUGACAUAUUUCCUGUCAAGUCACGAUGUACACAUUCAUUCAGAUGAUAGUACAGAACAAGAUGCUCUCUGGAAUCUCUUCUUGGAUAAGUUGUUACUUAUUAUUUUUAUCCUUCAACAUACUCUCAUGGCCAGUAAUCAAUUCAAAGAAAUAUGCUGCAAGUUACAUAUAGAACAUCUUAGUAGAAGCAUUUAUAAUGCUUGCAAUUCAGCUGUAAUUCAUUUCCUUAUCAACAAUUGGAAGCAAGUUCCAUUUCUUUAUUGUUGGCAUUUUAACACCUCUAGCAAUGCUAUUUGGAUGCUUUUUAAUGGCCUUCAUGUAUUUGCCUGGAGCUUUAUUUACAGUGGCUGCAUCAUGAUGGAUAUUGCUGAAUUACAUGGACUAAAACAAGUCUUCUACAGAGUAUCUGGGAGAAAUAGUCCUUUAGAUAAUAAAUCUAAAGGGUUGAAGCGAUAUAUGAAACAUAUGAGACAUCCUAGCUUCACUGGUUUCCUUAUUGUUCUAUGGCUAUAUCCUUUUAUGAGUAUAGAUCGAAUGUUAUUGGCCACUGUGUUGACAGGAUAUAUGAUGGUAAGAUGGACUACAGAUUCCGAGGAUUAUAGCUAUCACGUCCGACAUUUCCAACAAAAACAAAAAGAAUUAUCGUAAUCUUCGAUUUUGUUUGCUAUUAAUAAAAGAUAUAUUUUAUCAAUAUAUGUCAUAUACGCACAAUUGACAAAAAUUACAUUAAUUAUGAUGUAAUCAAAAGAAAUUUUCAACCGUACAUUUUGUUAACCGUACAUUUUCAACCGUACAUUUUGGUAACCGUACAUUUUGUUAUUUAAUCAUUAAAACAUUAGUUUAUGUAGUUAAUUUAUUUUAAAAUGUUAACAUGUUCUAAAAUAUAACUAAGAAAAGAUAGGAA